AUGUAUGAAACGAUUCUCGAUCCAGAGAAAUUAGCUGCAGAUGUUGUGGAUACGGUCCGAGCCGGCACACAAGCCCCAUUAUCAGACUGUGUGAAGACAGCGAGAAUCGUUUUUGAGACUCUUCUUCAACAUACAAAUGAUGAUGUUCUUCGAAAAGUCUCCGGAAUUCUACUGAGCUAUUCGAUCUCACAACAAGAUGAUGCAUACAUUGAUGAUCUCAAUACUUUCUCGAACGUUGCGGAGAAAACGGAUCCCCGAAUCCCACAAGCGGUGAUUGCCGUGAAUGAUUAUGAAUUUCUGUAUAAACUCAACAAUCUUUACAUUAUGGAUCAAAGUCAAGAAGUGAGAUUGGCGUCAAUUCGUUUAUUAUCUACUUUGGCCUCAUUUCUCCCAACUGUCAUUUGUUGUUUGAUUGAGACAAAGCUUCCAAUGGUUUUAGCUCCUGCCAUCACAAGCUCUAGAUACUCGAAAGAAGAGAAAUCACUGUGCAUCAAAUUGUUGGAUAUGAUGGCGAUGAGUGGACAAGAGUUCCCAUUGCAUCACUUGAGUCCGUGUAAAGUGUUUGGAAUGCAUUGGAGCGUUGGCCCGAUCUCGGUCUCAAUGAUUAUUCAA